CUCCACACGCAUUACACCCGGAUGUCGGUAGCUUAUAGGUCUUCGCCUGAGAGUACCUUCUCAAGCGAGGAGCGAUGGAUUAUUCUCCUUUGUAUUCAUUAAUCGUCAGGUCAUAGCAUGUUUGAACAUCUGAACAUCUUUUAAGAAACUACAUGGAGUGUUACUGGACUAUUCAUUGCCUGCCGUCUUGCCAGUAAGGACGUAUCUCGAACAAGGGAACGUCUGAAUUUUGUUGACCCUCCCUGACAUUGAAAACUCUGAAACCAUGCUCACUGGACUCUUUCGCAUGCACGGCCUCUUUGUGGCCUCCCACCCGUGGGAAGUCAUCGUGGGGACCGUCACGCUCACCAUCUGCAUGAUGUCCAUGAACAUGUUCACGGGCAACGAUCAGAUCUGCGGCUGGAACUACGUCUGUCAAAAAACCGAAGAGCCUGUCCUCAGCAGUGACAUUAUCAUCCUGACAAUCACUCGUUGCAUCGCCAUCGUCUACAUUUACUUUCAGUUCCAGAAUCUGCGGCAGCUUGGAUCAAAGUAUAUGUUAGGUAUUGCUGGGCUUUUCACAAUAUUUUCCAGUUUUGUGUUCAGCACUGUGGUUAUUCACUUUCUAGACAAAGAGCUCACUGGGCUAAAUGAGGCAUUGCCAUUCUUUCUACUGUUGAUUGACCUCUCGAAAGCAAGCGCCCUUGCCAAGUUUGCAUUGAGCUCAAACUCUCAGGAUGAAGUGAGGGAGAACAUCGCCCAUGGGAUGGCUGUGCUGGGACCCACUUUCACCCUUGACGCUGUUGUGGAGUGCCUUGUGAUCGGCGUUGGCACCAUGUCAGGAGUGCGGCAGCUGGAGAUCAUGUGUUGUUUCGGCUGCAUGUCGGUCCUGGCCAACUACUUUGUAUUCAUGACCUUCUUCCCGGCCUGCGUCUCGCUGGUGCUGGAGUUGUCCAGGGAGAGCCGGGAGGGACACCCCAUCUGGCAGCUGAGUCACUUUGCCCGUGUCCUAGAGGAAGAGGAGGACAACAAGCCAAACCCAGUCACACAGCGGGUCAAGAUGAUCAUGUCUCUUGGCCUGGUCAUGGUUCACGCCCACAGCCGCUGGAUAGCCGAGCCCAGUGCUGGCAACAGCACCAUGGAGAUCGCCCCUGCAGGCAUCAGCCUCUCAGACCCCAGACCCACACGCAUAGACCCAGAACGGCCCCUCUGGCAGUUUUAUCUCUCAAGAAUGAUCAGUAUGGACAUCGAGCAGUUGGUCACCCUGAGUCUGGCUCUGCUGCUGGCGGUGAAGUACAUCUUCUUCGAGCAGGUGGAGGCUGAGUCCACCCUCUCUCUGAAGGGGCCCAUCUCCGCCUCCCUGCGGAGUCCCAAGUGGAACCCCGACGAGUGCUGCCGCAAGGAGCCGCUUCCUCCCCAGCCUAAACCCCAGCAGAAGACCCCCACCGCACCCGCACCCGUACCCAUCACCAAGGAGGAGAGAGCUGAGGUGAUCCGUCCCCGGCCCACUCCCACACCGACCCCAACCCCGACCCCCACCACCACCACCACCCAGGAACCCAAGAGCCUGUUUGCAGUGGGGGAGGUGAGCGAAGUGGAGGAUCCUAAAGAGCCUGCUACAACACCAGCAGAGUCCCAACCCAGCCUCCCUGCAGAGCCCAGGCCCAUAGAAGAGUGUCUGACCAUCCUGAGGAGCCCUGAGAUGGGUGCGCGGUUCCUGAGUGACGAGGAGGUGAUGGUCCUGGUGAGCUCCAAGCACAUCCCCAGCUACAAGCUGGACAGCAUGAUGGAGACCCCGGAGCGAGGCGUGGCUAUCCGCAGGAAGAUGCUCUCCCCGCACCUGGCCAACCCCUCCGCCCUCACCUGCCUCCCCUACAAGGACUACGACUACUCUAUGGUUAUGGGAACGUGUUGCGAGAACGUGAUUGGCUACAUGCCUGUGCCUGUGGGAGUGGCAGGUCCUCUUCUAUUGAACGGAAAGCAGCUCCACGUCCCCAUGGCGACGACGGAGGGCUGUCUGGUGGCCAGCACCAACCGCGGCUGCAGAGCCAUCGCUCUGAGUUACGGUGCCCAGAGCCAGGUGCUAGGUGACGCGAUGACUCGGGGCCCUGUGGUGCGGCUGCCCUCCGCCUGCAUGGCCGCCGAGGUCAAAGCCUGGCUGGAGAGCAGCGAGGGCUUCAAGUACAUCAAGGAGGCCUUUGACAACACCAGCAGAUUUGCCCGUCUGGAGAAGCUGCUGAUCGGACUGGCCGGGCGGAACCUCUACAUUCGCUUCCAGUCUCGGACGGGGGACGCCAUGGGCAUGAACAUGAUCUCAAAGGGCACAGAGCAGGCCCUGUCCAGGCUGCAGGAGCAGUUCCCCGAGCUGCAGGUCCUGGCGGUCAGCGGCAACUACUGCACCGACAAGAAACCAGCUGCCAUCAACUGGAUCGAGGGCAGGGGGAAGUCUGUGGUGUGCGAAGCCACCAUCUCUGCCAAAGUAGUUAGAGAGGUUUUAAAGACCAGCACGGCUGCUUUGGUGGACGUGAACAUCAAUAAGAACCUGGUGGGCUCUGCCAUGGCCGGCAGCAUCGGGGGUUACAACGCCCACGCCGCCAACAUCGUCGCUGCUAUCUACAUCGCCUGUGGCCAGGACCCUGCCCAGACAGUGGGCAGCUGCAACUGCAUCACCCUGAUGGAGGCGUCGGGCCCCCUAGGGGAGGACCUCUACAUCAGCUGCACCAUGCCCUCUCUGGAGCUGGGCACCGUGGGCGGGGGCACCAACCUGGCACCACAGCAGGCCUGCCUCAAGAUGCUUGGCGUGCAGGGUGCCAACCAGGACAUCCCGGGGGCCAACGCCCGUCACCUGGCACAAGUGGUGUGUGCCACCGUGCUGGCCGGGGAGCUGUCGCUAAUGGCCGCCCUGGCCGCGGGGCACCUCGUCAAGAGUCACAUGACCCACAACAGGUCAAAGGUCAACCUGCAGGACGCUACAGGAACAUGCACCAAGAAGGCAUCCUGAAAAGACAGCAAGAGGAGAGGGCAACAUCCUGAGAAGACGGCAAGAGGGGAGGAGAGGGCAGGAGGUUGCAAUGACCUCUGCUGUCCUCCACCUGGCCCUCAAGACUCCUUCUGAGGAAGGACAAAACACACACACACACACACACACACACAAACAGCAUUUCAACUCUAAGUCCUGCGUGACAGUAUUGAGGACCGCAAGAGGAUAUCAUAUUUAUUAUUGCAACGUUUGACUGGACUGUGAUCAUCUCACAGAUGCUCUUCAUAAAAGAAGACGGCGGACGGCAAAACAAUCAUGUUUUUAAUUGUGUUCCUGUCUUUCCAUGACAAAAUUAAUUUAUUUUUUAAUGCUAAAAAAGAGAAAUGUGUUUUAAAAAAAUGGGUGGGGUUGCGCUCAAAUUUCUGUGCCGUGCACUUAAUACUUGACGUCAGAAGCUAAGUAGUACCAUUGAGAGGAGUUUAAAAACACAAACAAAUAAAUAGCAAUGAUUCACAUGGUACAGUGCUCUUCUAGUACCGCUCUGAAGAGAUGCUACUGUCAAGAAAAACAUGGGAGCACAAUAUUCACUACACUUGAAUUUGCCAAAUACAGCCUUUGGGAUGUAGUCUUGCAGAAUGUUCUGACGUACGUACAGUAUGUUCUCACAGAACCUGUUUCUGGAGAAACAGGUUGAAGGAUAGCAGAUCUGGUUCUGUAUAUUUUUGGGGGGUGGGGAGGGUACAUUCUGUUUUUCUUGCGAAGAGGAAUGAAUUAUUCGUAGUACAAGUGCACAAAUAAUUUUUCACAACGGUGCUAUAGCAAGGUGUGUGUUUGUGAAGGCCAAGGAGGGAGUGGGAUUCCUCCCACCCUCCUGUCCUCCGAUCAGCACCUGUGGCAAAGUUGAACGAAAGAAUGAAAGCCCUACCUCCUGCAGGAAUGAGGUGAUUCAGCUGGUCCUCUGGCUGGUAUUGUAAUCAAACUGACUGCACAAUAAGCACAGCACCUUUUACAAUGUGUCUUUUGAGAGACGCAUGACGAAAGGUAGACUUCAGCUGAUAUGCCGUGUGUGAAUGUUGCACCUUGUCUUCUUUGUGUGCCGAGUGUAUGCAAGUGUGUGUGUGUGUGUGUGUGUGUGUGUGCCUGCGCGUGUGUGUGCGUGUGCGUGUGUGGUUGGGUGGGUGAGAUUGUGUGAGAAGACUGUGGAGAAAGCAUAACUUUCCCCACCAAAGCUAUAUUUCUCUGAAAUUACUACUAGAACAACAAAAGUGAACAGAAUGUUUUCCUUUUUUGUAUAUUUUUGUAAUAAAAAAAAUAAAGGGAAUUUUGAUUAUUGA